CCUUCCUCUACUUCCAUUACAGUAUUACACCGGUCUGGAUGAUUGCAGAGACAGCAACAUGGCUGUGAAUCUCAGCAAGAACCGACUGGCCCUUCUAACAGCCUACCAGGAUGUUAUCAACGAGACCUCGUCCACCGACUGGGCCUUGUACACAUAUGAGGACAACAGCAAUGAUUUGACACUGGCAUCAUCAGGAGCUGGAGGUCUACCGGAGAUCACAGUGACCUUCGACAAUGGCAGGGUCAUGUACGGCUUCUGCAGCCUGAAGGAGCCCACGGCCGCACUGCCGCGCUACGUCCUUAUCAACUGGGUUGGUGAGGAUGUGCCUGAUGCAAGGAAGUGUCAGUGUGCCAGCCAUGUGGCUGACGUUGCAGAGUUUUUCCAGGUCAGUCUCACUGAGGGAGUCAACAUCAUCGUCAAUGCCAGCACCAUGGACGACAUCGAACCAUCCGCCAUUGGACAGAGACUGACCAAUGGGACGGCUUCGGUGGCCAGCCCCGUCCUCAGCCGUCUGAGAACCAGAGAGGAGGAGAACGGAGAGCUUGGAGUGGGCACCGUGUACACCAAGACCAACGCAGAAAUCGAGAUGAAGAAGAUCAAUAGAGAGGAAUUCUGGGAACAAGCCAAGCGUGAAGAAGAGUUGAGAAAGGAGGAGGAGAGGAAGAAGGUUGCGGAGGAGAGGCAACGCUUUGAGGAGGAGAGAAUGGAGCUGGAAAAGAAGGAGCAAGAGGAUAGAGAGAAGAGGUACCGCGAAAGGGAGAGGCAAAUUGAGGAACACAGAAAGAAGAUGCAAGAGGAAGAGGAGGCCAAAGAGAGGACACGGAACCAGCCCCUCAUAACAGCAGAACCUAGCUAUGAGGAUCUGGAGAAAGAGAAGAAGGAGACUGAAGUGGAGGAGGCGAAAGCCCUGAUUGCCCAGCGGGCGGACAAUCCCAGGGAGUUCUUUAAGCAGAAAGAGAAGGCUGUGACCACUGGUGUGGACGUCUCUCCUGUCUCUAUCCACAGGGCCGAUGGUGAUGAUGAAGGGAGCUCAGACCACAGCAUGGGGACGUCCCCAACACCUAUCCCUAAAAUAGUCACCACACCCAUCCAGGAGGCAGAGGACGACAGCCGGAACGAGUGGGGUGAGCCGAAGCAGCAGCCAGGCCCAGUCCAGGAGUCCACCCCCACCAAGCCCAUUCAGAGCGUGGCCCCCCAGACCCGCCCAGACUCCCAAGCCCCGUCCUCAACCUCGGAUGACUACGACCCCUUCUCAGGUUUCAGGCCCCUUCCCGCACCCACCGCCGCAGACCCCCUGGUGGACCUAUGGGACAGCAGUCCUGCCACAGGCUCCGCCCCCUCUCAGGCCCUGCCUCCUGGAGGGCGAGUCCAGCCCCUGCUGAGCUUCGACGAGAUGGGGGACGUACCAUUCUACCCGGGGGGCCACGGGGGUGCUGAGGACGAGCCCUCCAGCCUGGUGGACGUGGCUGGGACCCACGAUAUGACCCUGAGCUACCAGCAUGCACUGCAGCAUGCUUCAGAUGACACUCAGCUGAUGACCAAUGGGGAGACGCUGCUCAAAGAAGGGACUCAGGCGAGCGAGGGUUACUUCAGCCAAUCGCAGGAGGAGGAGGACUGCUCUGCUAAAAUGACCCCAACGCCAGUGUUUUAUAACAAGCCACCAGAGAUUGACAUCACAUGCUGGGACACGGACCCUGUAAUGGAGGACAGCGACUAGACGAUGGCGGAGUAGUACAGUCCGGUGGAGGGAAGUAGAAACAACGCAUCAUCAACGACCAAACUGAUUUUUUUUAAAGUAAUAAUAAGUCUUGCAUUAAAAAAAAAUCUGUAUAAUGUUCUAGAAUAAAGCAAAAAAAUGUUAGCCGCCGAAAAGGUUGUCGAGUUAUUGUUAGAGAUGCUAAUUGGUUGAUGAGCUCUUGUUUUUUUAUUUAUUUCUUAGAUUUCUCCUUAUUUGCUAUGCAGAGUAAAUAGCAGGGAGUGAGAACUACUUUCUUGCGUACUUAUACACACAGCUCAGUAGCUCACGUCUGUGUCUUUUACAGCAGAUAUGACCCCUGUACCAGACAGGUAGCCUAUUAAAAGGUAGAGCAAACCCUUUUGUGACCAAUCACAAUUAUUCCUACCACAGCCCCCUCCUCCUCUCUCCCCCAACCCUGUGCCCCACCUUCCACCCUCCCUAGUGCCAAGAGUUGCCCUGCUCUGGCCCUAGCUUUGGCCCUCUCCCCUGAGGCCUAGGGGACCUAACCUCAACCCUCCCAUUCUGGGUAGCUGGUUGGGGAUAAAAGUGGGCACGGUGCCUGGGGGAAGGGUGAGGGGGAUCAGAGAGAAAAUGGUGCCAAGUGUAAUCCUGAAUAUUUCAAUGUGUCAGUUUGGCCAUGGGGUCUUACUCGUAAUCCACUGUAGGCAGAUAGAGGAGGAGCGGGGAACCAGACAAAGGCAUGGCGGACAUCAUAGUACAGGCUGGGAUAGCAGUACUAUUGUACUAUAUCAUAGUAAAACCCUAAAAUAUAUAUAUAUAUAUAUAUAUAUAUAUGUGUGCAAGUCACUUUGAAAAGGAAUAUCUAUCGUAGUUUCUUAUUGUUGUGAUGGUUGGCAUACACACAUUUUCCCCUAGUCUGUUUUUCUGCUGGGAAAGUAUUACUGCUAUCCCAGCAGAAAAUCAGACUAGAGGAAAAUGUGUAUGUUUUUUACUAACUAUUAAAAGUGUACUAGAAAUGAAUAUUCAGGAUCUUUGAAUCAUGGCCAUAGCUGUAGUCUCGUUUUGUUACGUCUCCAGUGAAAACUAGGCAAUAACUAUAUCUAGAGUACUCAGAUGGGAACGAGGACAUUCGUCACACGUUGUGGCACUAUGAACGGAACAGUGUGUCUUGUACUAAGGUUGUUGGAGAGCUGCCACUGUAGUCUCUGCUUUAUAACACGAUGCCCUUAUUUUCAGUAGACACAAAUUCACUCUUUUGCAUUCCAUCUGUUUAAAUCUCCCUCGUCCUUCUUUUAAAAUGAUGUAGUUCACAUGCACGCCCCCUUGAUGGCCUCAGAGGCACUAUUGUAAUUCUACCGUUGGGACUAUGUUGUUUUUGUACAGGUCUCAUUCCCUGCUUGACUUUCACCCAGUCAUCUCAGUUCUGAUUUGACCCCUACAGUCUAAAUGAGAAACAGUACAGUAGACUAGCUUCGCCAGUAGGCCUUAGAAAUUAUUUUGAUCAUCAAGACUCAUUAUCCUCUUUUAUUAAUGUUAUUAAUGCUCCAAUGUUUAGAACAGAUGGUUAUUGACGUGAAACCCCCCCCCCCCCCCCCCCCCCCACGGCUUGCAGACUGUCUGUCUCAGUCUUCCUUCAUAUGAUCUAGAGGUUGUUUCUUAUUGUUACUGUUCAAGGGUAGUGUCAUUUCUGAGAUUCCACACCUCUGAUCUGAUUCUAAAUAAAUCCUGUCAUUUUUAUUCAUAGAGAUAGAACAGUUCUAUAUUGUUCUAUCUCUCUGUUCUUACCACAGAGUUCUGAGUGGGAACCAGCAAGCAAUAAGAAAGAAAAAAAACAAUGUCGUUUUUUUGUUCUGUAAAUAGCGUUUGAUAUUUAGUAAUAUACAACUAAUGAUCGACUAACACUUUUUUUUGUUUGUUAUUGUGGCCCUUAUGAUUAUGACACUUUGAAUUGAGGCUUGUUGUGGGAUUGAGUGAGAUUUUUAAAUGAAGUUUCUUUGAAGAGAGAUUUGAAAUGUGAGUUGUGGUGGGAUACCAUAUCCCUCGCAGCCUUUUCUGUAUAUGAGAAUCACCUAAUGCUUGGUAAGAGCCGACCAACCUGCAUCUUUAGCAGUAACUGACACCGUUUCCACAUAAUUUCAAUGUUUACUUCUUCACUCUGAUAACCUCCUGGUUAGUGAUUAUUAUUCUCUCCCUAUUGCACUACUAGGAGACUACUACUCUACUACUACUACCCCUAAUACUCGCCCCAAAGCAAGGCUUAGCUGUUCCUUGUCUUAACUGAUCUCUUUUUAUUUAAAAGAUAGAAAUAAAAAGAUUCUCUUCCCUCUUUUGCGUCCGCUUCUCACACUCUGUUUUUUAAAUAAGCGCAAGAUCUUUUGUGACAUGCUAAGUGCUGAUGUAUGUUAAUAAAAGACUUAAAAACCUCCAAA